AUGACAACAAAUGGCGCGCAGAGUUCAUGGGAGUCGCGCGUUUUCGUAAGUUUGCUGAGUGUGCUACUUUGUAGAAAACCUAAUGAAAUAAGACUUUUAAAUAGUGUAUCAGAUUUCGAGAAAGUGUUUUAAAGGAAGUAAGGACUUAAAGUGUUUAAAGAAGUUGUAAAACUAUACGGAGAAGUAGAAAUGAGCGAUUGAUAUGAAAUAGAUGAAAAUUUCACAAAGCAGCUCUUGUAGUUGACUAUUUUAUCAACAUAGACGUUUAUUAAAACAAAUGAAAAUGACGAACGAUUUAAGUGUAGCUGUCCAGGGAGUUUAUAACUCCUCACGAGAAAUAAUGAAAAACAAACAGAGGCAUCUAUACAUAAAUAUGUUGGAUCUUCUAAUCAGAACUACUAGGGCUUCGGGUGUUUCCUCAGCCGUACCUCUAAACGAAGAUUAUGUUAAAUUUUGGUAUAGCGAGAUACUGCCGUUGGUUUUUGAUGAAGAAAAAGCCAUACAAGAAAACGCUAUAACCGCUUUAGAGACUGUACUGCCAUAUCUGGAAAGUGUAGAUUUCCAAAAUCUCCCUGAGUGGCCGGUAAUAAAGGCGAUCAUUGUUGACCAAUAUUCGAAAAAACUUCAUGACCUUCGCCAAGCCUCCAAUUUACUUUGGUAUAAAAUUUGGUGCCUUCUCGUACGAAUUCUUAACAAAGAAAUCCUAAAAGGUGCCACUGUCAUCAAUACAUUUCUAUCAAUUGUGGAAAUGGGCUUUCGUAGUGGGGAUUACGCAAUUCGGGCCGAUGCUUUCUUGUGCUGGAAAGUUCUUGUUGAAAUAUUCGCAAAACAUAACGAGAUAUUUUCGCCAAAACGAAUCAAACUGAUUUGCAUUCCAUUAAAGUCAUCGCAAUCAAAAACUUUGGAAACUUCAGUGAACAAGUUCAAAGUUUGGUGGUAUUUUCUGAGCAAACUGGCACCAAGAAUUGAUGAAUAUUUGGAUAUUUAUGAGUCGUUUUUAGUAUAUUGUUUUGGACCAUCUUGUAAACAGUCAAAUGGGGCGAAUUCAAGCACAUCAGCCUCAUCGGGUCAAGGAAAAAUGUAUCUGAAAGUGAAACAAAUGGCUAUUGCCUGUUUGAUUGAAUCACUGGGACAGCCAACUAAAGAGGUGACAUGCGUUCUAAACUCAAUGGGAUUAGACUCGUUAUCUAAUCCUCUUGUUGGCAAGAAUUUGAUGUCGAAAUGCAGCAAAAUGAUCACAACUGCUUGCGUUGAGUCUACUUUGAUGGCUUGUGAUCCCGAAGGCAAAUUCGGAAAACAGAUUGAGGCAUUGUGGAAGAAUUUCAAUGAUCGAUUAGUUGAAUCUGCUGAUCCAGAAUUGUAUUACGAAUGUUUUAAGCAACUUGGUACAAUCGUUGAGAACGAGAAAUUCGCCGAAAAUACGCUCUUGUCCCAAGGGUUUACAAAAAUCAUUGAUGUGUUGACAAGCUCAAAGCAGAUUCCUUUUGAAAGUGAAGAUAGUGUUAAUGCUUCAAAGCUAUCUGAUGCCCUCAUUCAAUUCCUUAAAGUUUUGUCUGAUUCUGAUUCUGGGCUCUCAAAUAAUACCAUGGAAAAUGCCGCUGAGAUGUUUAGCCUGAAAAAUCUUGUCCAAAACCAAAAAUAUUGGUUAGUCCAAAGAAAUAUGAUAACAUUCAUUAUGAGUCGAGAAAAAAUAAAUGGAGACUUUAAAUUAGCUUUGUGGCGAACCAUAUCAUCAACUUUAGUUGAUUAUCUGAAGCAUAGUUUGUUUGAAUUCAGAAUAGCAGAUAAUGCAAAAAUUGUGAACGAAUGGAUUAUGUGGCCCAUUCAAACUCAGUCAAAGACCGAUGAGCCAGUUUUGAGUGAUGCACAGAUUUUCACAAUUUGGAAACAAUUGAUUGAGGCUGCAUCGACUGCUGAGGGAAAAGAGGUAUUCACAGAGCAAAUGGUGGGAGCACUUCGGAAGGUAUUCGAGAGCGGUACUAGCAACAGCAUGUUUGCAAAUGUCUUUGGGUCCUUCAUAUUGGCUUUGGAUAUUGAAUUUGAUGAAACCAACAAGCCAGUAGCGGCAUUGAAACUAGUUAACGAGGUUAUAUCAAAUGCUCAGAAAUCUAGCAAGCAGGACUACACAUUUCUUGUUGAAUCUUUAACAACCUACCUCGCAAAGCUACCAGAAAACCAAAUCAUCCUAGCAUUUCCCGAGCUGAAAAUAAUUUUCGCUACAAUUAUUGAGAAAGAAGGCAGUGGUACAUUCGCGAAGCAUUCAGUCGAAAACUUCAAACGGACCCUGCAAGACAAGCUUAAAUCUAAUAAGGCGAAAGAAAAGAAGUUAUUGAAAGAGAUUAAAGAUCUUAUGAAAAACAAUUCGACAUACGUCAUCAUACCAACGGUUUGGAGCAUGAAUCCUGAGAAAUUAACGGAGCACCAGAAAGAGAAAAUGAAAGAAAAACGUAGCGAUAUACCAGCUUUGUAUAACGAUAUAAGUCAAUCGCAAGACACAUCUAUUAAACCGUGGACUCCUAAGAAGAUAGUUAUUGCGAAAAGCAAAGAUUCGCCUGGGGAAAUUGUUAUUGAAAACAACAUUGAAGAUAGGGACUCUCCGAUACCAUUGCCAGAUAGUGAUGACAAUGUGGAAACCCCCUCCACUGUCACUAGAACUGAUGCAACUCAUGGAGAGGCAGCGGGCUCUAAUGAUGGAUCGCCGCGUGCAGAUUCGAUGCAGAAAGAUGUUGGAGACAGACCCGAAAAUGCAAACGCAUCAAAGGAUGAAAAAGUUGGGAAAAGCUCUGGGGAAAAAUCUAACCUUGGAAAUAAAAAAAGAAGUAAAAAUAUCGUAUUAAAUGAAAGUAAAAAACUUUUAAAUAAACUAAAUAUUCAAAUUGAUGAAACGAAUAAAAAAAAAGUAAUUCGCGAACUGAAAACAAUUGAAAUUGAUACAGUAGAAGGUAAUACAGUGGUCAAGGGGAGAUUUCGAGAGCGGCGAUCAAUUGGUGGCAAAGAUGAAGCCAAUAAGAAACGACGGUCAUUAGGCGCCAAAAGGAAGCGCAGUGAUAACAGUGAGGAUGAUCAGCAAGCUAGCAAGAAGAAGGAUACAAAAUCUUCGAGAAAAAGUCUUGUUUUUGGUUCGGAGAAUUUGGAAAAAGGCGAAAAACUGGUGAAGAAUGACGCUAAAGAAAAAACUGACCAAGCUAAGCAAACAAAUGGAUCAAAUGAGUCGAUAGAUGAAGUUAUUGAGGCCUCACAAAAAUCUGAAUCUGUUCUGGCUAAGAAGGUUACAACAAGAAAAUCGAUUGGACUAACUUCAAACAACAACAAUACAUUCAUGAAACCGUUCCCUAAAAAUCAAAUACAGAACGAAACAUUACACACGCCUCAAAUUAUAUCUCUCAGUCCGCAAAAGGAAAAUUCGUCGCCAAAUGUAGAAGAAACAAUAGCCGAAACACCAAUCAAUCAAGGUGAUCUCCCGCCAUCGGAUCAUAAAGACAAAGCUGAAACCAUAUUCGAAAUUGAAACAGAACCGAAUACUGAAAUUCUGGAUAGAUCUUAUAACGCACAAUUCUUGAAACCAUCGGACGUCUCCUCAACGUCUGUGAAUAAUUCUCCUUCAAGCAAAGUACAAAUAUCAACCAUAGCAAGCGAAACUGCCGAUUCACUGAAGGCAUCAACUUCAAUAAAAACAGCAUCUUCUAAUUCGAAACACUUGGCAUCGGAAACAGUAUCGAUGAACGGACAAGAUACUGAACCGAACACGGAGUUACAAGUCAACGCUUCUGCAGAGAAAAGGUCGCCAUCGGCACUGUCUACAGUUGGUCAAAUAUUACAAUCAGAAGCUGGCGAAAAAUCGAACUCCAUUACAGUAGAUAUGAAUUGUAGCAUCCGAUCAUCCCCGGAAUGUAAAGAUGCUGACGAAAGAAAUUCUGAAUUCCUAAAUAACACCCUUAAUAUAUCGCCAAUAUUAAGUGAAGCAGAGAACGCAACCACGGUACGAACUGUAAUAGAUCAAGAUAAAACACCUUCGUCUCCUGUCGGAAGAAAGUCGAGCAGAGUUGGAUUGCAAUUGCCGAUAUCUCCUCCUGAAAGAAAAUCUACAAAUAAUACUGAAAGCCCACCGACUCGACCAAAACAUGGUACACAAUUUACUGGUCGCGGGGCUCAACUUAUUAAUUUGAUACGUAAUAGGCGCAUUGAGAAUACGCCUAAACCUCAAAACACACUUAUAAUGACUGCGAAGACUGAUGACAAACUUACCGAACAAAUGAUGCAGCCACCGGUGCCACAGGCCUCUUCCUUAUCACCCCCCAAAAAAGACCACAUUACUGCAUCUACUACACAACCCUCAGCACCUUUACAAGUUCCACAAAUUUCUAUGCACAAAGACCUUUUGGUCUUUUCAAAAACGUUACCGUCGCCUUAUGCCAGUCCGUCGGCUAGUAUACUCAAGCGGAAAAUUCGACACGAUAGCUUAGACGAGAGUGAGUCCCCUGCAAGUAAACGGAAGCGAGUUAGUUUCCAUGAUCCACCUGUUUCAGUGACAAAGGAAUAUGUCAAGUUUAGUGAAGAGGACACUGUCAGACCGAACUUGAAUAGAUGCCUUUUACCUGAUCGUACAAGCACACCAAACAAUAUCAGCACAAAGAACAAUUCCUUUAAACGUAAAAGUCGGGCAGAUAGUAUGUUGGAGUUGGCCAACUUUUCUGACAAAACAGAGCAACACCUGAACGUUGUCAAUGGAAAUCGAAGUGUACAAUUUGACCAACCAUCUACGGAAAUGGAUUCGCUAAAGUGGAAUAAUACCUCCACUGAUAAUUGUCCAGCAGAUUUAGAUGACAGAUGUCUGACACCGUCACCCUCUUUCUAUUUCGUAAACGAAGAAGCUGUUCUAAAACACGUCAUGGAAAAAUAUCAAUUAGAGACCCUUUUUGAAAAGUACAUGCAGAACGAUAAGGCCCUAACAAACAAAUCAGUUCGUACUAUUACGAAUAAAAUAUGCACCCUUAUGAAGCAAGAUCCGAAAACUAAGACUAAUGUCCUGGAAAUCUUGUCUGAACAGCAUCCGCGUGAAUUCUUAGACCAUGCUAUUCAAGAGAAUUUAAGCUUCGUCGUCUGCGAACGGUUAAAUUAUAGUUCGAUUGUAGAGUUCGUCUGCGAAAAGUCAAAAUGCAACGAAGACAAUCGUCGAACGUUACUUGAGCGAAUACAAAGCCUGCUAAGUGUUGAUAAACUGACUGCAGAUGCCCACCAGUUGCUCAUGACCCUCUUGAAAAAUCACCGAAUGUCCGACCAAGAAAUUGUUGCCUGCAUGAAACUGAUUGUUGAUCGACAACAAGAAAAUCAGCAAGAGCUGUCUGAAAGCGUUUAAUAUUGGAAAUAUAUAUUUUUUACCUAUAGUUUAUAAGGUUAUAAUUUGUGUAUUUAAUUUAAAUAUUUGUUGCUUGAAAAGGUUACAAAGUAUAUUGAAGAAAACUUAUUCCAUAGAAAACUCCCUUUCACUGCUAAAACUCCGGGAUAUCACCAUGUGAUUGGUCAUUUUUUUAAAAAAUAACUUUUUGUAAAGCUCUACUAUAAAAUACAAUGUACAACUGAAACAGUCACCUUAUCACCAAAAGAAUUUAUCAAGUCCAACAACUAAGAUGGAUUGAAAUCGGUAAACGUUCUAUCCUCAUGUUUAUGAAUUAAGAAAUAUUUUAUUAGUAAAUAAAAGUAGAAAUAGUUUUUACAAACAAAA